AUUGGCAACGCCAUUGGGUAGUUUAAUUUAUAGUACACACGUGGAAAAGCUGCACAGCUGCACGAUAAAGGAGCAAGUCCCGUAUUUAUCAAGUUCCAAUAAUUGACACUCAAAAUGAGCAGCAAAAAACGAUUUAAGAAUGAUCCUGAAGACGAGGACAUCAAAUAUGAUUCUGAAAAUGUGACAGACUCUGAAGAUGAAUAUUCUGAUAACGAACGUCGUUUACUGGAAAAAGUUAGGAAAAAAAGAACUUUAGAAAACUUUGACAGUGAAGAUGAAGUUUAUGGAUUGGAAGACGAAGAUGAAAUGGAUAAUGAAGAUGGAGACGAGAAAGACUCAAUGGCCUCAGACAUUGAGGGGUUGCCAAAAGAUGAUGAUUUACCGGAUGAAAGAGCAUGGGGCAAGAAAAAAAGAGCAUUCUAUUCCACAGACUAUGUCGACCCAGAUUAUGCAACAGCAAAUCGUAAAGACAUGGCCAUCGCUGAGAUGGAAGAAAAAGAAGCAAGAAAUAUUCAAAAAAGAUUGGCUGAACAACUAGAUGAUGCAGAUUUUGGACUUGAUCUGUUGCAACCUGCUGGAGAAGGUAGAGAAAGCGAAGCAGAUGACGAACACAUUGUCAAAACAGACUUGAGUAAACUUGGAAAGAGAGAAAAAUUGGCUUUGAUGCAAAAAGAAAGUCCAGAAUUCGGGGCCCUUGUCACAGAUUUCAAAGAACGGAUGGAAGAGGCGAAAAACAUUCUUUCUCCAUUUCUGAUGCUUGUAGAAAGAGGCAAAUGUCCCGACACUUUAGCAGUCAGUUUCGUGAGAAUGAAAUAUCAACUGAUAUUGAAUUAUUGUGUGAAUAUAAGUUUCUAUUUAAUAUUGAAAGCAAAAAGAUUAUCGAUCAAUUCGCAUCCUGUAAUUAAACGAUUAGCACAAUACCGUCAGCUACUCGGACAAUUAGAAAGCGGACAAGGAAAAUUGUUGGUUGAAGUUAAAGAAAUAGUCGAGGCUGAACGAGCUGGAAAAGCACUGUACAAUGUUACAGAUAACAAUUUGAUAAACGAAAAGCUUCCCACAAAGUCAAAGGAGAAAUCUUCUAAGAUUAAUGAUAAAGGAGACCAAUCCAUGACUGAAUUAGUGGAAGGAGAUGUUAACAAGGAAGAGUCAAUCGAGGACGAGGAUUCCAUCUUCUCACAUGAUGAACAUGAAGAACCGAACGACGAGGAGAAAACUCUCCAAGAAGAUGAAAAGAGAGGGAUAACUUAUCAAAUAGCUAAAAAUAAAGGUUUGACUCCUCAUAGAAAGAAGGAACAACGGAAUCCGAGAGUCAAGCACAGAAACAAAUAUCGCAAAGCUAAAAUCCGAAGAAAGGGUGCUGUCAGAGAAGUCAGGAAAGAAGUUAAUCGUUAUGCUGGUGAAAUUUCUGGUAUCAAAGCUAGUGUCAAGAAAGGAAUCAAGAUUAAGUAAAAUAAAAUGUAGAUUGAACACUUUUUAAAAAUCCCAUUUAUAAUCUCGACAUAAUAUAAUUCUAGUGUUGAAAUCAACACUGAAAAUACGAACGAGUAUUCCCAAAAAGUUCAGAGUUGUUUUUUAAAGAUAAAACUUGUCUAAUUCAAAGUUUGAAUGAUGAAGAAUAAAUGCCAACAAUGCUGAAACUUA